UCUCCCCUACCUCUGUUGCCCCUUUCUCUUUUGGACCUUUGCUUUGAGCUGCACAGUAGCUGACAUCGCUCUUCUCGUGACCGGCAUCACUCUUUUGUCCACCGCUCUCUCCUCCACAGAAAUCUCAUGAACUUCUCUCUUUAUCUCGAUCUGGUUCAGUUUCAGGAUUAAUGGGGGUGCCGCACAUGAAAGAGAUUUUGGGUUAUCAUUAUUAGUUUAGGCUGAGAUUUUGGGCGAUUGCUCCCUUCAAAUGGCUUCGUCUGCUGCUAGUACUUCUGAAAUUGUUGAAGAGAAAGACGAAUUUGAUUUACUUCGUAAUUUUGGUAGGGCUAAUCGAUUGAAAAUCAAGCCGAGAGCUACGAAAUGUAAGCCAGAUUCUGGGCUGGGGGUUUCUGAAUCUCCAAGCCUGAAACAGGCAUUGAGAAGACUGUGCAUUUCUCAGGCAUCAGAAAUGGCUGCUAUAAAAAGGUCAUCGAAGUUGUUAGGAUCGGCAAGUGUUUCUGACGCUGAAACAAUCGAACGGUUGUACGCAUCGAUUGUUGUUGAAGCAAACAAGGAGAGUCUUUUGCUAGAAAAAGAGACCAAGAAUUCUACUAAGAAAGAAAUUCAAGUUGGUGAAGCACGAGAUGUAAAAUCAUCUUGCAAGAGCUCUCGUAUUUCGGCCUUGAGAAAUUUAAAGAUGAGAAGAACCCAAGAUUUGUUAACAGUGGAGCACAAGUCAUUUUCUAAAAAGAAAGGGAAGCAGAAAUCAGUACAAGCAGCGGAUAGUCUUAUUAGUAGAUUAAAUAAAUUUAGUUCCAAUAGCAAAGAUGGUGGACAUUUUGCUAUCCAAAAGGAUGAAGGUUUAGUUUCAAGGGAAAAGGGGGAAUGUUCUGAAAGCUCCCAAAGUAGCUUAGGUGAUUCUAUUAGCAGCAGUACCAUCAGCGAGGAGAGCAGUUAUUGUCGCUCUAGUAGCAACUGCAAUCGCCCACACAUGUCAAAAGAUGUGAGGUGGUCAGCCAUCAAUCAUGUUGUGAAGGAGCAUGGAAGUUUAGGAUUGAAGAACUUCAAGCUUCUAAGAAGAAUUGGAUGUGGAGAUAUCGGGACAAUUUAUCUUGCGGAGCUAAUUGGAAGUGGAUGCUUAUUUGCCUUGAAAGUCAUGGACGUUGAAUUUUUGGUCAGUAGAAAGAAGAUGCUUCGAGCACAAACUGAAAGAGACAUACUACAAAUGCUGGAUCAUCCAUUUCUUCCGACAUUGUAUGCACAUUUCACAGCAGAUAACCUCUUAUUUUUUGUUAUGGAAUAUUGUACUGGUGGUGAUCUGCAUGUUCUUCGCCAGAUGCAACUUGACAGGAGGUUUCAUGAACCAGCGGCUAGGUUUUAUGUUGCAGAAGUCCUGCUUGCUUUGGAGUACCUCCACAUGGUAGGGGUUAUCUACCGCGAUCUCAAACCAGAAAACAUUCUAGUUCGAGAGGAUGGACACAUCAUGCUCUCCGAUUUUGAUCUGUCAAUGAAGUGCAGUGUCAGCCCAACCUUUCUCAAUUCCUCUUUAUCCAAUGCUAAAACCCUACAAAAGAAGGUACCUGGGCAAUGCACGAGCACGAGCUGUAUGGAACCCUUCUGCUUCACUCCUCGUUUGCUAAAAUCCAAUGUUGCCCGUGUCAGCCGCCUUCCUCAGCUCGUGGUGGAGCCCACCGAUGCCCGUUCAAAUUCCUUUGUAGGGACCCACGAAUACCUCGCUCCAGAGAUCAUCAGAGGCGAUGGGCACGGAAGUUCGGUUGAUUGGUGGACCCUAGGGAUAUUCCUUUACGAAUUGUUAUUCGGUAGGACUCCCUUCAAGGGUUCUGGGAACGAAGACACUUUAGCAAAUGUGGUUUCUCUAAGCUUGAUAUUUCCUGAGAGUCCAGUUGCUAGUGUUUCUGCUAAGGAUUUGAUUAGAGGGUUGCUGACAAAGGAUCCUGAAAGGAGACUGGGGUCAGUGAGAGGGGCAGCUGAGAUUAAGCAGCAUCCGUUCUUUGAGGGUCUUAAUUUGGCAUUGAUUCGAUGCACAGAGCCUCCUGAGGUGCCAGGAAUAUAUAGCGCUGAGAUUAAUCAGGUGACCAAAGUACAGGAAGCAAAAUAUGUAGAUUUUUGACCAGCUUUUCUGAAGAGUAAUAGACAACAAGAAGUUAAUCAUCAUUUUGCUUCACAAACGAAGAAAUAGUGAUGAUGAUCUGCUUACAAGGACACUUGAGGUCCAGGAGGAUAAUACAUGUUCACUAUAACUAGAGCAUUAUUGACUGUAAUUGAGAUCUAAGAUACAUAUGUAGUUGAUCAUCUCGGGCAUUUCAUGCUCGACAUUCUAGUUUGCUGCUCGAUAUCCCGUCGCAAUCAAAAUUGCCGAUGAUGGUCAUGUCUGAGGCCUGAAAUCUCAUGUGAUUAGAAUCUGAACGCACCAUGAGAAUUCUCCUCUUGUAGAAGUACGAGGCGGACAAGAUCGGAUUAUGAUUGUAGUAUACAUGUGUCAAAGUAUAUAGUAUCGUUUACAUACCGAUUGUAAUAUGUAAUUCUGAAAUGGAAGUUACGGGGACAUUUAUGUCGUCCAA